GGCGCCUGAUUCUGGUGUGGUACGGUGGCGGGGAGGCAUACUGGCACGAGCGCCUCCUGCUCUGCGAGGUGCGGGAGACGACGUGGAUCAUCGUCACUCCUGACGGCGAUGUCUAUCCAGAGGACAUUCGGGCUCUCGGAGGCAGGCCGUGUCUGCAAGGGUCCGUGCCGCCGGCGAUCCCGGCCGACGCCAUGCUGUACAGAUUCCCGCCACUCGGCCAGCUGCACACGGCGGCGGAGUGGCGGCAGAUCUUCGACGACGGGAUUGCGGCCGCCCAGCUGGAGAGGGCUGGGCUGGGCAUCGACGACGACGCGGCUGAUGCUGAGUCUGGUGCUGUGCGUGAUCGGGUUGGUCAGCAUGGCUGGACCGCCGACACGGGCCUGCCGGCUGGACCUCCGCCCGCCGCCGCCGGCGCUGGGGCCGGGGUACUGGUGGCGGACGUGGGCGCAGCCCCCGUGGCCGGCGUCCUGGCCGCACCGCCUGCUGUGCCGCUCGCCGCCGUGGGUGGAGGCGCUGCCAUCCCGGGGGCUGGAGCUGCCGUGGGGGCCGUGGUGGCGCCCGGAGGUGGCCUCGCCCCUGGCAUGCAGUGGAUCGUGGUGGCCAACGACGGCCACCCGGGGGCGCCCUCCAUCGGCACCGACUGGAGCGUGGACGCCAAUGCCGUCGUCAUGGGCAAGUUCGCGCUGGUCAAGCUCGGAUCUGCCAGCCUCGUGCUGGAGAGCAUCACGGUCGGAAGCAAGAAGCAUGUGCUGGUCUCGAGGAAGGGCGAAGUCGAGCAGGCGGUGGUCCGAGCUUCGGGAGCAGGCCUGCCAGGAGCUGGUCUCGGACCUCAGGCGAUGGGAGACGGGACGGCGGCUGCAGCGCCGCUCGAGUCCUCUGACGCACGGGUGCUGCCGGUGCUGUACGAUCAGAUGGGCCAGAGGUUCAGGGCCUACUCAAACGCCGUCGGGCUGCUGGAGGAGCCGCGAUUCGACGACUUCCCUGUGGUCGGCCCGAGGACGACGCUCUGGCUGUGCAGGUUCAUCAGAGACCAGGGGAGCGUGCCUCGCACCAGGACCGAGAAGUGGAUGCGGGGCGCCCAUGUGCCGGACAACGACAGGGUCAGGCACGAGCAUGGCAGUCUCAUGGAGAUUCUUGAGACUGCGCUCACGUAUGAUCAGCUGGACGUGUCUGCCCUCGCGUCCUUCGAGAUCCUGUCGAGAAGGGUUCAGCUGUUGGAGGAGGCUUACACGUCCAAUCCGAAGGCGCCGCGGUUCGAUGGGAGCGAGCACUUCCAAGGCCUCGGCAGGAAGGUCGCGGCCGUGGCGCCGCAGCUCACCUCGCACGUGGCGUUGCAGCUCCAGGGCGAGGCUGCGAUCCAGAAGGAACGACGCAAGGUCUGCGGCGAGUUUUUGACCAAGGCAUGGCAGACGGUCGGCAGCGUGACCUUCUACCCUUGCCUCGACAUCAUGACUGGGAAGGCCCUCGUAGCUCACUCAGUCGUGGAGUUCAGCAACGUAUUUGUCGCCGCGCUUGGAUCGACAGACACCCGCUAUGGUGACAGCGAGUGUGCCGGGAACAUUGCACCGUUUGGCUCGGCUUCAGUAUCUCUGCCGAGCCGCGACCUGCGCGGGGUGGACAUCUACAACGUCCUGCCCUCGGACGCGUCGCACAAGCUCAAGCGGUUUAGCGACACCAUCCUUCUCAGUGACGAGGAGUAUGCACUGCGUAUCAAGAGCGAGGGACUGCCCAACCUUUACUUUGACCCAGUGCUGGAGGCCAUCUUCUCGGCCAGCUUCGACAUCAAAGAUUACUUCCACGAGCUCAGGAUCGAUGAGGAGUUAUCUCAGUAUUUUGCUCUACCAGCGGUCCGUGCCUCGGCGGUGGGAGUGGGGAGCAUCAAUGGUGUCAAGGUUGGUCCAAGUGAGCUCAUCUACCCGCUGGCAUGCGUCGACAACUUCGGGGUCAUCGGCUGUGACAAGGCCGAAGUUGAGGCCACGCGCCGUCAGGCUCUCGAAGGCAUUCGGCAGGCAGGCUUCCACGUGCAUGAGAUCGAGCAGGUCAGCACCUCUUUGGACAUCGUGGGAGUGCACCUCGAUGGAGACAAGAAGGUGGUCAGGCUGUCCUCUGCCAGGGCGUGGCGACUGUGCGCUGGGCUACAUGCCCUUGUACGACGCGGGCGCUGCACUGGGAGGGAGAUGCGAGCCAUGCUUGGGCACCUAUGCUUUGCUUUCUUGCUUCGGCGCCCUUGCCUAUCCUGCAUCGCGGCCUCCUUCGCCUUUGCCGAGGCGGCCGGGGGGGGGCCAAAGAACCUCUGGCCGAGCGUCAAGAGGGAGCUCCUCAUCGCCGCCGCCAUCCUGCCGCUGGUCUACGCCGACCUCGGGGCUGGCUGGCUCGACCAGGUGGUUGCGACGGAUGCUUGCGAUGCUGGUCUGGGCGUCUGUGCGGCAGAGUGGGACUCCCAAGAUAUACGGAUCACUGGCAGCUACGACGAGCGCUGGAGGUUCAAGAAGGACCCGCUACGCAAGCACCGUGAAGUCGCCUUGGCGGGGUACGACCACGCCGACCCGCCGAUCGACAGAGACGGCAACCUCGUGGCGGGCGUCAGCGAGGGCACCUGGCUUGCCAUCGGGAACUUUCCCGACAUUCCGCCUACCUCGGUCAGAGGCUCGAGGUGGGCCGUGGUCGCUAAGCGUCCCUGCGGCAGCCGCGAGGGGGCGAUCCACGUCAAGGAGGCGAGAGGCGCCAAGCUCGGCCUCAAGCACGUGGUUCGGUGUGGGCGCUGGCGGCACAGCAAGGUGCUCAUGCGGGUGGACAAUAUGUCACUCGCGCUGGCCAUGCAAAAGGGCCGCUGUCGCGAUCCAGCCCUCCUCGGCCAGCUUCGUCAGAUGGCCGCGCUGCAGCUCGCCACUGGGCUGCGGGUGCAGUGCCGCUGGAUCCCGUCGGAGGCCGCAGGGUCAGGACCAUCCGAGCAGGCGAUCCUGGCCCGGCCCCCGGCGAUGCGAGCCGUGCCUCGAGGCGGCUCGCGGAGAUCGCGAGUCACAACCUCGACAAGGCUGGCUGCCGCCCGGCGGUCGGCCAGCAGCGGAGGCCUCUCCUACCUCGAGAGCAUCGCGGUGAAGCCCGUCCAGAUCGAGGGUUACCGCAGACGGAUCGAGGAGUUCUACGAGUACGCCCGCCGCCAGGGCUUGAACGUCAGCACCUUGGACUCGCUGGAGACGGCCCUCCUGGACUGGGCGGGCGAGGCGUAUCUCGAGGGCAGGAAGAAGCACGAUGGCGAGAAGCUGAAGGCUGCUGUGCUCCACUAUUACCCGAACCUGAAGCGGCCCAACACCAAGCCGCUGGCCAGGUUCGAGAGAUGCUUGAAGGCCUGGGGACGCCGGAGGCCCGCGCUGGGCCGUCUGCCACCCCCGUGCCCGACGAUCUGUGGCCUGGCUGUGGCUCUCCACCUCCUGGGCCGCACGGACAUGGCUGUAGCCGUGCUGGUCGCGCUGAGCGCCUACUUGCGGCCGGGGGAAUUGUGUGGGCUCCGCGUUCGGGACGUCGUCCCACCCGCGCUUGGCUACGGACCAGAGUACCAGAAGUGGUCGCUGAUCCUGGGGCCUUCGGACAGCAUCGGAGGCCCCACCAAGACGGGCGUCUACGACGACAAUGUGACGAUGGACCACGAGAACCUGCAGUUCCUCGACCACUUCUUCGAGCUGUACCGCCAGGGAAAUGGGUCGAACGACCCGCUGUGGGGCUUCGCGCAGGCGGAGUUCGGGGCCAUGAUCGCGAAGGCGCUGAAGGUGUGCCAGCUCGAGGGCCUGGGGAUCGCCCCCUACAGCCUUCGGCACGCGGGCCCGUCGUGGGACGUCAUCGCGGGCAGGAGGUCGCAGCUGGAGGUCCAGCGUCGCGGGCGCUGGGCCAGCAUGAGCUCUCUCAUCAGGUACGAGAAGUCCAGCAAGGUCAACUCCCUGCUCGUGAACCUGGACGACAGCGUCCAGGAGUACCUCAGGCUCUGCACGGCGCACCUAGGCGACAUCUUCCUCGACAUCUUCGCUGGUUCCGAGGGAGUCGGCAAGGCGGUGGCAAGGUGUGGCAUCUCGUCGCUAGAAGUGGAGCUCGAGCUGGGGAUCGACAUUUUUGCGUCUGGAGUGAUGAAAACACUCCUGAACUUGAUCCGCUCGG